UCCGGAGACUACAGGCCCCCCAGAGCUCUGUUGUGUGGCGCCCUAGCUGUCCGCACGGUCUGGAAACUGAGGCCCAGAGACACCUCCCUGCCAUCGCGGGGUCGCUUACCAACGCGAGCAAGAUACACUAACCCUCAGACUGGGGUUUGCCCGAGGGCCGGACCUAGAGCUGAUGUAGCUCGCCCGCCGCCAGCUGUAGCCAACAUGGAACCCGUGGCCAGCAACAUCCAGGUCUUGCUGCAAGCAGCCGAGUUCCUGGAACGCCGCGAGAGAGAGGCUGAGCACGGAUACGCGUCCCUGUGCCCGCACAGAAGUCCGGGCCCCGGCCACAGGAAAAGGAAGCGGUCCCCCCAAGCUCCUGGAGCGCUGGACAGUGGGCGGUCUGUGCACAACGAGCUGGAGAAGCGCAGGAGGGCCCAGCUGAAGCGGUGCCUGGAGCAGCUGAAGCAGCAGAUGCCCCUGGGGGCUGACUGUGCCCGCUACACCACACUGAGCCUUCUGCGCAGGGCCAGGAUGCACAUCCAGAAGCUGGAGGAGCAGGAGCAGCGGGCCCGGCGGCUCAAGGAGAAGCUGCGCAGUGAGCAGCAGAGCCUGCAGCGGCAGCUGGCGAGGCUCCGGGGGCCGGCGGGGGCGGGCGAGCGGGAGCGGCUGCGCGCGGACAGCCUGGAUUCCUCGGGCCUUGCCUCGGAGCGCUCCGACUCGGACCAAGAGGAACUGGAAGUGGAUGUGGAGAGCCUGGUGUUCGGGGGUGAGGCCGAGCUGCUUCGGGGCUUCAGUGCCGGCCAGGAGCACAGCUACUCGCACAGCCGCGCCUGGCUAUGACCCUCGCUGCCCCAGAGCACGCCUUUCCCUCAGACCCCCUUCCUCCGCUCUGCGGGACAGGAGCCCUUCCCAAGCCUCCAGGGUUGCCCAGAGUCACCUCCUGUUGGAAUGAACUAAAAGGACCUUGGCAUGGGAACAGGUGCUCCCCCUGCUUGGCCACUGGCUGCGGGAGCCCCUCCUAGGGGCCACCCAGGGGCCGCGGUGCAGGCACCUGGGCCUGGACUGCCUUUCCAGGCAUUUUUCUUUUGUGUAGCAUUUGGCUCUGCUGUCCCCAUGGGGACAGGAAGCCUCUUGGCCUCCCCCCCCCCCCCAUUCCUUCCUAGACAAGGCCACCUGGCCUUUAUCCCACAGAUACUGUACAGUAUUUUCAU